CUUCAUUAUCAAACAUUGUUGACAACUUAUGAAAGGUUCUUUCACCCAACAAGGAGCACAAACUCAACAACAAACAACACUAUCAGUAGCUGAACCAAUGUGCUUUACCAUGCCCUUUAAUCCAAUCCAUUUUCCAUUUUGAGCCUCAAACUUUUCACGACUUUCAAAAGGGUCUUGUUGCAUGAGAAGGAUUCUGAUAAUCUGAUUCUGCUCGUUGGCAUGGUAGCAAACAUCACUGUUUUCUAGAAGGGAAAGCACUAGCAGCAAUGGAAGGUGUGGCUUUGGUUGAGAAGAAUGAAGGAUUUGAAGGCAACAAAGAGUGGGAAAAUGGCGGCAAUGAUAAGAGUUUUGCUGAUUUGAUGAAAGAGAAGGGUCGAGGGAGCAGUUCCAGCUCUGAGUUUCUGUCAUCUGAGAUGACAGAACUUGAUGGUCAGAGUCAAGGUAGUGCUGAAGAUUCGGCUUCAUCAACUUCAAUGGGGUGGCCGGUUCAGGAAAUCUAUGCAUCUAAUUGUACCACUCCACGUGGAAGUGAAGAAUCUGAGAAAAAAGACUUGUGUAAUGAGAAUUUUGAGGAGCAAGUGUCAGUGUUACCAAUGCCAGAGUUAGAGAUUGAGAUGAUGAAGGAGAGGUUCGCAAAAUUGUUACUUGGAGAAGAUAUGUCAGGUUCUGGAAAUGGAGUCGCUACAGCCUUGGCUAUAUCCAAUGCCAUCACUAAUCUAUGUGCCACCAUCUUUGGGCAACUUUGGAGAUUGGAGCCUUUGUCACCAGAGAAGAAAGCAAUGUGGCGAAGAGAGAUGGAAUGGCUUCUUUGUGUCAGUGAUCAUAUUGUUGAAUUGAAGCCUACAUGCCAAACAUUUCCUGAUGGAAGCAAGCUUGAGGUCAUGACUUGUAGGCCUCGCUCAGAUCUUUAUGUCAAUCUGCCAGCUCUGCGAAAAUUGGAUAACAUGCUUCUUGAAAUACUAGAUAGUUUUGUGAAGCCAGAGUUCAGGUAUGUGGACCAAGGGGUUCUGGCCCCGGAUGCAGAUGGUUCAUCUUCUUUUCGCCAAGCGCUUCAGCGGCUAGAGGAGAAAUGGUGGCUUCCUGUGCCUCAAGUCCCUCCUUGUGGUCUCCAUGAAAAUUCAAGAAAGCAGUUGCAGCACAAGAGGGAUUGCGCAAACCAGAUAUUGAAAGCUGCAAUGGCCAUUAACAGCACUUCUUUAGCUGAGAUGGAGAUUCCUGAUACUUACUUGGAAUCUCUUCCAAAGACUGCAAGAGCCAGCUUGGGGGAUGUGAUUUAUAGAUAUAUUACAUCAGACAAUUUUUCUCCAGAAUGUUUGCUGGCAUGCCUUGACUUAUCAUCUGAACAUCAAGCCAUAGAGAUUGCCAACAGAGUAGAGGCUUCCAUUUAUAUUUGGCAUAAAAAGACCAACUCAAGGCCUCCAGGUCGCACUACGAGAUCAGGUUCAAAAUCUUCUUGGGAAAUGCUCAGGGAACUGAUUGUUGAGGGAGACAAAAGUGAAACUCUUGCAGAAAGAUCAGAAAGCCUUCUGCUCUCCUUGAAGCAGCGUUUCCCUGGUCUCCCUCAAACAGCCUUAGAUAUGAGCAAAAUCCAAUGCAACAAGGAUGUUGGGAAGUCCAUUCUGGAGAGCUACUCACGAGUACUAGAGAGUUUGGCAUCUAACAUUGUUGCACGCAUUGAUGAUGUGCUCUAUGUGGAUGACUUAACAAAACAUUCUGAUCAACCUCUGCCAAAAGUUGGUGUAAUUGCUCAAAAGAGCAUUUCAGUUCCUUACUCAAUGCCUGGCCAAAGCACUACUCCAUAUAAAUCAUCAUCUUUUGGCACACCAAGCUUUUCUCCUGCACAAGGUAUUAGCCCUUCAAAGGGUGCAAAAUCACCAUUCAAGUUUCCCCAUAGAGGGGUAGGGGUUAAUAAAAUUUUGAAUGAGUUUGGUAGCAUUGACAGAAAAGAGAGGGACUAUGGCUUCCGUCCAAUGGAGAAAUUUGUUCCAACACUGAAAACAUUUGAUGAAGUGCCAGCAAUUGAAGCAGAUAUUGAGUCCAGUGAUUGCACAGAAGAAGAUGAUAAGCUCAAAGUACUAGACCGGGCGUGGCUAGAGUGAAAGGAUUUCAAUUGACCAGUUAGUUUUAAUACAUUGAUAAUGUGAGAAAAAAAAAAUUAUAUCGUCAACUAAUUAGAUGGCAUUUUAAGUAUGAUUUUUAAGGUAAUUACUUAGAAGUUAAUAAUUUUUAAUAAUAUGAUAGUCCAUUGGUUGACAGCAUAGAAAUUCUUUACAUUGUUAAUGUAUUUCAAUUAACUUUUUUUCAAGUCUUUGUGUAUAUCAAAGACGUAGAAAACAUGGUUUUAAGUUGCAACUUUACGUUGUAAGGAAAUUGUGGUUGAUUUGGUUUGCAA